UUACUCCCUCACUAUCAAACUCAUAGCUAAAGUUCCAAUUCUCUCGAAAAUCCCAAAUUAGGGUUCCUGAUUUUCCUCUCUUUUCUCUCAAAUUCCAUCACUUUUCUCCGAUUCAACGAUGAGUUCCACCGGCAGUUCCACCAAGGGCGGCAGAGGAAAACCCAAAGCCACCAAAUCCGUCUCCCGAUCUCACAAAGCCGGCCUCCAGUUCCCCGUCGGUAGAAUCGCUAGGUUUCUCAAGGCCGGGAAGUAUGCCGAACGUGUCGGCGCUGGAGCUCCGGUCUACUUAUCUGCCGUCCUCGAGUAUCUCGCCGCUGAGGUUUUGGAGCUUGCUGGUAAUGCUGCUAGAGACAACAAAAAGAAUCGUAUUGUACCGAGGCAUAUUCAGCUUGCAGUGAGAAACGAUGAGGAAUUGAGUAAGCUUUUGGGAUCUGUAACCAUUGCUAAUGGAGGUGUUUUGCCCAACAUUCACCAGACUCUUUUGCCCAAAAAGGUUGGUAAAGAUAAGGGUGAUAUUGGUUCUGCAUCACAAGAAUUUUAGAGAUUUUAGGGUUUCUUUUGGUUUUCUUUUUUGGGGUUUGUUUCAUUACUCGAGAUGACAGUUCUUGUGAUCUGUGAAAUAGAUGGGGUUUUGCUUCUGUGGCAUUUGCUUCCUCUUACUGUACUUUGUCAUCUUGACUUUGUUUCGAUGCAUAUAUUUUAUAUCCAUGUGAGGUUGUUGGUGGAUUUGAUUCAAGAAUGAUGAUGACCAACUCCCUUUUACAGUUAGAAGUUAAAUGGAAUGGCUGUUUCUAGUUGAAAGAAUGCAAA